UCUGACUGUCCUUGAACGCAACUUUUGGGGAGCUUUUACGUAAUCUGGAAUAUAGAAAUGCGCUGGAAAAACGAAGUGAAAGUUGAAUGUUGCACUGUUAGCCCGAAUGAAAACGAGACUAUUUUGUCCACCGAGGAGAGACGUCGCGCUGUGUUUGAUUGACAGGUGAAAUUGGCGUGUUGCUGAAUCACACAAGUCGAGGACAUAAUGCACAUAGGAUAAGUAUGAGUUCAAGUGUUGUCUGUUUGUGUGCGUAAUGACUACUUCUCUUUUAAAUGUCAUUUUGGUAAUCGCCGGCGUUGUCAUGGUGAAAAGUGAAAGGCAUGAUAUUUAUGGGACGGAGCAGGGGGCAUUUAAGGCGGCUGCGACAGUCUGACCCACCGAGCGUCAUGUGCGAGGACUGCAAAGGCGGAGAGGACCUGCUGGCCAAGUGCGCACAAGAGGGAGACAUCAUGGGCGCUCCUCUGGAAGUUUUGGAUGAAGACGCGUCAUCCCUUCAGGCCAUGACUUCUGCCCCUCUUUUGGGCAGGACCGUGUGCGCGAGCUGCAACGAAGAAAUAGUGGAUAAAUAUUUGCUUAAGGUGAACGACUUGUGCUGGCACGUGCGCUGUCUCUCCUGCAGCGUGUGCCAAACUUCACUUGGCAGCCACAGCAGCUGCUACAUCAAAGAGAAAGAGGUCUUCUGUAAACUGGAUUACUUCAGAAGGUAUGGCACGUGGUGUGCAUGCUGCGGCCGGAACAUCCACGCUACGGACUGGGUCCGCCGAGCCAAGGGCAACGUGUACCACCUGGCGUGUUUUGCGUGCUUCUCCUGCAAAAGACAACUGUCCACGGGAGAGGAGUUUGCGCUCGUGGAGGAAAAGGUGCUCUGUCGCGUGCACUAUGACUGCAUGUUGGACAACCUCAAGCGGGCCGUGGAGAAAGGAAGCAGUGUGAAUAUGGAGGGAGCAGUGCCGACUGAACAAGAGCUAAACCAACCCAAACCCUCAAAAAGGGCUCGCACAAGCUUCACUGCAGACCAGCUGCAGGUGAUGCAGGCCCAGUUUGCUCAGGACAACAACCCAGAUGCUCAGACGCUGCAGAAGCUCGCGGAGCAGACCGGCCUCAGCAGAAGAGUCAUACAGGUCUGGUUCCAGAAUUGCAGAGCGCGCCACAAAAAGCAUGUGAGCCCGAACCACUCGUCGAGCACCGCACUGACCUCACUGCCACCCAGCCGCCUGUCUCAGCCCACUCCCACCCCAGAGGAGCUGCAGUACACCACCUACGGUGGCCCGGAGGGGUCAAUGAUCUCAGCACUGCACUCCUUCAUAGACAUUCACUCCCCUCCGUCUAUGUUUCAACCUAUGCUGCCGGCACACACUAUGACCUCUCUGCCUGUGUCCCACGCCUGACCGCACAGUGAUCACCGGCAUCCACACAGGGUCCUCAGUCAUACAUGAGUAUUGUCAUUUCAUCAGCCUUUUCUGUUUAGGCAUAAUAACGGCAUUCUUCAGUCUUCAUGUUAUUUGUGAAAAUUAAAGUUUUUGUGUACCUCUGUCAAAGAACAUUA